GGAGCCUGCAUAUUGUUCUGCGGAGACUGAAGAGGGGGGGGCAGCAGUGCAUGGAGGAAACGCCCAGCAUGGUGUCCGGCCUCCUGCUCACCAUGGGAUUCUGCAUCGCCAUCAUCAUCAUCUUCGCCAGCACCGGACGGAGUGUAAGUGUGCACGCAGGCUCCCUGGCGAUGGUGUGUGUGGUUCUGUGUGUGAGCGCCGCCCUGCUGGUUGCUCUGCCAUGGCUGGCGGUGGUUCGGCGCUGUGGGGGGGUGCUGGCGCUCUUCGUCUGGGGGAUGCUCUACAUCACCGCCAUCGUGUUCAUCUUCACGGGGGGGCCAGUGUCUGCUUGGGAGCAGGUGGCAUUUUUUCUCUUCCUCUCUCUCUCAGUGUACACUGUGCUUCCUGUCUCCCUGUUCUGGGCUCUCAUAUUUGGGAUUGGUGCCUCUGUGUCUCACAUCAUCAUCAUCAGUGUGUAUGUUCCUGUGACCAGCCCCCAAACACCAGACCUGGCCAUUCAGGAGCACCUCCUGUUGUCAGUGUUACCACGGUACAUCGCCAUGGAGUUGAAGACGGAGAUAAUCAGGCAUCUUUCUCAGAAAAUGCCCACCAAGGAGAGCAACUUCCACAGCCUUUACAUCCGACAGGACAAGGAUGUGAGUAUUCUCUAUGCAGACAUUGUGGGAUUCACCAGCCUGGCCAGCAGCUGCUCUCCCGAGGAACUGGUCAAUAUCCUCAACAAGCUGUACGGCCGAUUCGACGACAUUGCAAAGAGGAACGAGUGUUUGCGCAUUAAGAUUCUGGGGGACUGUUAUUACUGUGUGUCGGGCCUGCCUGAGUUCACCCCCAGCCACGCCCGCAACUGUGUGCAGAUGGGCCUGGACAUGUGCACAGCCAUUAAUAAACUUCGAGAGGCUACGGGGGUGGAGAUUAGCAUGCGAGUGGGCGUGCACACAGGAUACGUUCUGAGUGGCGUGAUUGGCCUACAGAAGUGGCAGUAUGACGUCUGGUCACAUGACGUAACUUUGGCCAAUCACAUGGAGUCUGGAGGCCUACCAGGGCGGGUUCACAUAACAGAGGAAACACUGAAGCACCUUGGGGGGGCGUUCCAGGUGGACGAGGGGAACGGGGCGAGCAGAGAUGCCUACUUACAGGGCAGGGACACAUACCUCAUCAUCGACCCCCAAAACCAGAACACCAAAUCUGAGUCUUACAGUCUCAGAGGACAAAAGCUCAAAGCUUCAGUCAGGAUGUCUCAGUACCUUCAGUCCUGGAAGACCACCAGCCCUUUCUCUGAACUCAGCCACACCCACCACACUGAGGCCACUCCCACCACCAGCCCCUUCUCUGAACUCAGCCACGCCCACCACCCUGAGGCCACUCCCACCACCAGCCCUUUCUCCGAACUCAGCCACGCCCACCACCCUGAGGCCACUCCCACCACCAGCCCCUUCUCUGAUUUCAGCCACGUCCACCACCCUGAGGCCGCUCCCACCACCAGCCCUUUCUCUGAACUCAGCCACACCCACCACCCUGAGGCCACUCCCACCACCAGCCCUUUCUCUGAACUCAGCCACACCCACCAUCCUGAGGCCACUCCCACCACCAACCUUUUCUCUGAACUCAGCCACGCCCACCACCCUGAGGCCACUCCCACCACCAGCCCCUUCUCUGAACUCAGCCACGCCCACCACCCUGAGGCCACUCCCACCACAAGCCCUUUCUCCGAACUCAGCCACGCCCACCACCCUGAGGCCACUCCCACCACCAGCCCCUUCUCUGAACUCAGCCACGCCCACCAUCCUGAGGCCACUUCCAGGGUCACACCUGAUUCCCCGCCGGUCUCUACCAGGGCAGCUCACCUGUCGACAAGGAGACCGUCACCUCAGACAGAGCAUAGAAGUCUAAACUGGAAACCAUCUCCAGUGUUGGAAGCCCUAGAUCCUCUGGGCCCUGAGAAGGUGAACGCUGACACACCAAGGCUGAACUUCUUGACCCUCUUCUUCAAUAAAUUCUCCCUGGAGAAGAAGUAUCGUUUCUCAGACCUGGAGGAGCUGCACCUGUCCAUCAGCUGUCUUGCCCUCAUCUUUACCUGUGUGUUCGUGGUCCACAUGCUGGUCUCCCAAAAGAACGCUGCUCUGGGAAUCUCAUACGGUGUCACCUUCCCUGUUCUUGUGUUCCUGCUCUUUAUCGUCUUCACUGGAUACCUGCAGCCGUGGCGCUCUAAGAUGCCUCAGGGUGUGCAGUGUGUGACCUCGCUGUCACAGCUCGUCUCCACCAGGGCGGCGCUGCGACUCUUCCUGGUUUCCUUCUGUGUUCUGAUCACUCUGCUCAUGGCCAUCCUUAACUUUUUCUUCCUCCCCGAGCCCAGUUGUUCCAGUUUCCCCCAGAAUGCAUCAGUGCUGGAGACCUUCAAACUCUACACUGUGCCAUAUUACCUGUACACAUGUUUGCUGGCCAUGCUGGGGGUGGUGGUGUUUGUCAGAGUGUGCCAGGAGGUGAAGCUCUUCCUGGCCACACUGGCUGUGGUGGUCUACCUCGCUCUCUUCCUCCAUGUCUAUGCCCUGCGUUCUGAAUGCUACAUCCACCAGCUCUACAGCAAUGGAAGCCAGCCAGCUGUGCUGAAGGAGCCCAAGGUCAUGGCUGGAAUCUGGCUUUUCGUUUUCUACUUCACUAUCCUCAUACUGAUCCGACAGGGUGAGGUGGCGUGCCGUGUGGAGUUCCUGUUGGGGCAGCGUUUUCAGAAGGAAAAGGAGACCAUGGAGACCAUCCAGAAGGCCAAUGAGCUGCUGCUGCAUAAUGUCCUGCCCAUGCAUGUGGCAAAGGUCUUCAUGGACAAGGCCCACUGCAACCAGGAUUUGUACAGCCAGUCCUGUGAGUCAGUGUGCGUGAUGUUCGCCUCGGUGCCGCAGUUCUAUAAGGAGUUCUACACAGAGAGCAGUGUGAACCACAACGGGCUGGAGUGUCUCCGCGCUCUGAACGAGAUGAUCGCCGACUUUGAUGAGCUCCUGGCCGAACCCAAGUUCAGCAGUGUGGAGAAGAUCAAGACGAUUGGCAGCACAUACAUGGCAGCCACAGGCCUGACCAAGACUCACACAGAGGAGCGCCAGGACUCUAGAAUGACAUAUAGUCAUGUGCAUACUAUGGUGGACUUUGCAUUGGCUCUGAUGGGCAAAUUAGAAAACUUCAACACACACUCCUUCAACAACUUCAAACUGAGGAUCGGACUGAACCAGGGACCGGUGAUCGCAGGGGUGAUUGGGGCUCAUAAACCCCAGUAUGAUAUCUGGGGGAACACUGUCAACGUUGCCAGCAGGAUGGAUAGCACGGGGGUCCUGGACAAGAUUCAGGUGACGGAGGAGAUGGCUCAGGUGGUGCAGUCGCUAGGAUACAGUGUGACUCUGCGGGGAGUCAUCAACGUCAAGGGCAAGGGAGAGCUGACCACUUACUUUAUCAACACUGACCACCACUGACCGCUACUGAAUGCUACUGACCACUACUGACCGCUUCUGACCACUACUGACCAUCACUGACCGCUACUGACCACUGCUGACCACCACUGACCGCUACUGAUGGGUACUGACCACCACUGACCAUCACUGACUGCUACUGACCACCACUGACCAUCACGGACUGCUACUGACCACCACUGACCAUCACUAACCACUACUGACUAUCACUAACCACCACUGACCAUCAUGGACCGCUACUGACCACCACUGACCAUCACUGACCACUACCGACCACUACUGACCGCUACUGACGGCUACUGACCACCACUGACCAUCACUGACCGCUACUGACCACCACUGACCAUCACUGACCACUACUGACCAUCACUAACCACCACUGACCAACAUGGACCGCUACUGACCACCACUGACCACUACUGACCACCACUGACCACGACUGAGCACUGACCUCCACUGACCUGACUACUGACUACUACUGCACUUACUCUCUGCAUAUCGCAGCACUGACUUCCUCAGUACUGACCACUGAUUAAAUCCUUUUUCCAUCAUUGAUGGACAACCCUGCAGUGCUGAUCUGCGCCACCACUGGCCCACUCGCUAACAGAGCGUCCAGCACUGAUCCACUCGCUAACAGAGCGUCAGCACUGAUCCACUCGCUAACAGAGCGUCAGCACUGACCCACUCGCUAACAGAGCAUCAACACUGACCCACUCGCUAACAGAGCGUCAGCACUGACCUACUCGCUAACAGAGCGUCAGCACUGACCUACUCGCUAACAGAGCAUCAACACUGACCCACAUGCUAACAGAGCAUCAACACUGACCCACUCGCUAACAGAGUGUCAGCACUGAUCCACAUGCUAACAGAGCGUCAGCACUGAUCCGCUCGCUAACAGAGCAUCAACACUGAUCUACUCGCUAACAGAGCAUCAACACUGACCCACUCGCUAACAGAGUGUCAGCACUGAUCCACAUGCUAACAGAGCGUCAGCACUGAUCCGCUCGCUAACAGAGCAUCAACACUGAUCUACUCGCUAACAGAGCAUCAACACUGACCCACAUGCUAACAGAGCAUCAACACUGACCCACUCGCUAACAGAGCAUCAGCACUGACCUACUCGCUAACAGAGCAUCAACACUGACCCACUCGCUAACAGAGCAUCAACACUGACCCACUCGCUAACAGAGCAUCAGCACUGACCCACUCGCUAACAGAGCAUCAACACUGACCCACUCGCUAACAGAGCAUCAACACUGACCCACUCGCUAACAGAGUGUCAGCACUGACCCACUCGCUAACAGAGCAUCAACACUGACCCACUCGCUAACAGACUGUCAGCACUGACCCACAUGCUAACAGAGCGUCAGCACUGAUCCACAUGCUAACAGAGCAUCAACACUGAUCCACUCGCUAACAGAGCAUCAACACUGAUCCACUCGCUAACAGAGCAUCAACACUGAUCCACUCGCUAACAGAGCAUCAACACUGAUCCA